UAUUUAUAUAAUAGGUAGUAAAAUAUUUAUUUCUUAUAAAACUAUACCUUUUAUGAUUCGCGUUUUUAAAUAUAAUCCCAUGUCGGAUUUCUAUAAUUGAAUUAUUUACAUCCCUAUAAAAAUAAUAGUAAUGAUCAUCAUUAAAGUCGUGUUGUGAAUUAAAAUAAAACAAUAUUUCAAGAUGUAUUUUCUAUUGAGAUCUUUUAAAAUUAGAGAAAACAGCACAUUAAAAAUGUAUUUUGGCCUAAAACUAUUAAAAGGAAAUCUAAAAAAGCUUAGCUAUGACCAAAGUAGUACUAUUUUAGGCAUAGAGACAUCUUGUGAUGAUACAGGCUGUGCUGUUGUAAGUGGAAAGAAAGAUAUAUUAGGAGAGUCGCUCUUCUCACAAAAUGUCUUGCAUUUAAGAUAUGGUGGUGUUAAUCCUCUUGUCGCACGAGAUUUGCAUCGGGAAAAUAUUGAUCUAGCGGUAAAUGAAGCUUUAGAGAAAGCUUCCCUAAACAUACACAGCAUUGAUGCAAUUGCUGUAACUAUAAAACCUGGUUUAUUAAUCAGUUUACAAAUAGGCGUGAAGUAUGCCAGAUAUCUAGCCAAAACUCACAAUAAACCAUUAAUACCAAUACAUCAUAUGGAAGCCCAUGCUUUAGUGGCUCGAAUGUUUCAUGAAAUAGAAUUUCCAUUUUUAGCAGUGUUAAUAUCUGGUGGACAUUGUUUGCUUACAGUUGUUAAGGAUGUAGACAAUUUUCUCUUAUUGGGAGGUACUUUAGAUAAUGCACCAGGAGAAGUUUUAGAUAAAGCUGCGAGGAGAAUGAAACUUAGAAAUAUUCCAGCCUACUCUAAACUUCCUGGAGGAAAGGCUAUUGAAACAGCCGCAAAAGGCUCCAAUAAUCCUGAAUUAUUUUCAUUUCCAAUACCAUUAAUAAGAAAUAGAGAUUGUAAUUUUAGUUUUAGUGGUAUUCAAGAUACUUUUUUGAGACAUCUCCUGAGAAAAGAGACUGAACAUAAUGCAAUAGCAGACAGAAUUAUUCCAGAAGUAAAUGACCUUUGUGCAGGUUUACAAAUGGUCAUGGCAGAACAUAUAGCACACAGAAUAGAAAGAGCAGUGUUAUUUUGUAAUAAAAAUAAUUUACUAAAAGAUAAUAAAACUAUUGUGGUUUCAGGUGGUGUUGCAUGUAAUAAUUAUAUUUUUGAAACUUUACAAAAUGUUGGGAAUCUGUUAGAUUGUAAUGUAGUAAGACCUCCUCCUAAAGUUUGUACUGAUAAUGGAAUUAUGAUUGCUUGGAAUGGUAUAGAGAAACUCAAGAAAGGGUGCCAAUUUCAUAGUGUAUCAUUAGACAGUAUUGACCCAAAAGCUCCCUUAGGUACAAAUAUAAUAAACCAAGUAAAGGAUGCAAACUUGUAUGUAAAAGUAAGAAGAUUAAAAAAUAAAAUAAAAUAAAAAUUUCCUUAUUAUUUUCAUGUUUAUUUCAUUUUCAUUAAACAAAGUUGAAACAGAACAGAAGUUUUUGAAAAUUUUACCUAAGAUGUUCUGGUAAUUUAGGUAAUAGUACUAAAAAAACACUUAUAUUCAAAAGUAAUGUGUGGUACUCAAGAGGUACAAAACCUACACUACCAUGCCACAAUUUAAAUGUGAUUUUACAC